UGCGCUCCUGGAGCGCACCCAUGUCUACUCUUGCACACUCCCAGGGAAAAGCACGUCUCACCUGGUCAUGACUAGGGAGUUUAACCAGCGCUCAGAUGAGGAGAACAUCCAGGUCCUGAAGAUUGCCAAGGUUUUCAAGAACCCCAAGUUCAACAUGCUGACCGUCCAAAAUGACAUCACCCUGCUGAAGUUGGCCACGCCCGCCCGCUUCUCCCAGACCGUGUCCCCCGUGUGCCUGCCCAAGGCGACAGACGAAUUCCCCCCUGGUUUGCUGUGUGUCACCACCGGCUGGGGAAGGACCAAGUACAACGCCAACAAGACCCCCGACAAGCUGCAGCAGGCGGCCCUGCCCCUCCUGUCCAACGCCGAGUGCCAGAAGUUCUGGGGCAGCAAGAUCACCGAUGUGAUGAUCUGCGCCGGCGCCAGCGGGGUCUCCUCCUGCAAGGGCGACUCUGGUGGCCCCCUGGUCUGCCAGAAAGACGGAGCCUGGACCCUGGUGGGCAUCGUGUCCUGGGGCAGUGGGACCUGCUCUACCUCUGUUCCUGCUGUGUACGCCCGCGUCACCAAGCUCAUUCCCUGGGUUCAGGAAAUACUUGCUGCCAACUGAGCCCGUGGCUCCCAUUAUCCCAACCCUGAGUGUUUCCAAUAAAAGCAUACAGAGGGAAG